UCUCUCCAGGUUCUGUUGCAUCAGUUUCGUAGCAGGUGACCCCCACCCCUUCGCCAAAAUCCGGCUAUUAGAUGUGACCACGAGGUUGAUCAGGAGAAGCCACCAUGUCUUAAACACAGACGGGCCCUCCGGAGCCCUGUCCCCCCACCCUGGACCCCCCUCCCCCUCCCCCAUCCACCACCUUACCCCUUCUCCAAGCCCCAUCCCACUCCCAGAUCUCCCUGCACAUGUGAGGGACAGGCUACCCAGCCCUGGCUCCCCCCUGGCACACCCCUCCCCUCCCUCCGGAGAGAUGAACCUGCAGAAGCACCAGCAGUUGGGUGGUGGUAGCAGUGGGGUGAUGGGCUCUAACCGGGAUCUACAGUCUACUGCUUCUUCCAUCUCUCUUCCCUCUAUGAAGAAGGCCCCCAAGAAGAGGCGCCUUUCCCUGGCCUCUCUUUUCAGACGGCGAGGUCGGGAGCCCAAAUCAGGGCGCCAAAGGUCUCGAGAGCUCCAGCCCCCUGGACCUGGAGGGCUUGGGGGGGUGGAUGGCAUUGCCAGCAUCGAGAGCAUCCACUCUGAGAUGUGUAAUGACAAGAACUCUGCCUUCUUCUUUGUGGCUGGGACCGGAGCUGCCUCUGCUGCUGCUGCUUCCACCUCAUCUGCCUCAGGGCCUUCUUCCUCUACCUGCUCCUCCUCCAAGGUGGGGGGUGGGGUGGGGGCAGAGCUACUGGAGUGCCCGCUGUGCCUUCUGCGCCACUCCAGGGAGAACUUCCCUGACAUCAUGACCUGUCACCACCGCUCCUGCAUCGAUUGCCUGCGCCAGUACCUGCGCAUUGAGAUCUCAGAGUCUCGUGUCAACAUCAGCUGCCCUGAGUGUUCGGAGCGUUUCAACCCGCACGACAUCCGCAUGAUCCUGGGUGACCGGGCGCUCAUGGACAAAUACGAGGAGUUCAUGCUGAGGAGGUGGCUUGUAGCUGACCCUGACUGCCGCUGGUGCCCUGCGCCGGACUGUGGGUAUGCAGUGAUCGCCUUCGGGUGUGCCAGCUGUCCUAAAAUCACUUGCAGCAGGGAGGGCUGCGGUACAGAGUUCUGUUACCACUGUAAGCAGCUGUGGCAUCCCAAUCAGACCUGUGAUGCAGCACGACAGCAGAGAGCCCAGAGCCUCCGCCUGAGGACGGUCCGCUCGUCCUCCCUCAGCUACAGCCAAGAGAGCGGAGCUGCAGCUGAUGACAUUAAGCCAUGUCCACGCUGCGCUGCUUACAUCAUCAAGAUGAACGACGGCAGCUGUAAUCACAUGACCUGCGCCGUCUGUGGCUGUGAAUUCUGCUGGCUCUGCAUGAAGGAGAUCUCAGACCUGCACUACCUGAGUCCAUCAGGCUGUACUUUCUGGGGGAAGAAGCCAUGGAGCAGGAAGAAGAAGAUUCUUUGGCAACUGGGAACGCUUGUGGGUGCCCCUGUUGGCAUUGCACUCAUCGCUGGCAUUGCUAUCCCCGCCAUGAUUAUUGGGAUCCCUGUAUAUGUGGGAAGGAAGAUCCAUAACCGCUAUGAAGGCAAAGAUAUUUCCAACCAUAAGAGGAACCUGGUGAUCGCUGGUGGAGUGACACUCUCUGUUAUUGUGUCUCCAGUGGUGGCUGCAGUCACUGUCGGCAUUGGUGUUCCCAUCAUGCUGGCUUAUGUCUAUGGUGUGGUGCCCAUCUCACUGUGCCGUAGCGGAGGUUGUGGCGUCUCAGCUGGGAAUGGCAAAGGAGUUCGCAUAGAGUUUGAUGAUGAGAAUGACAUGAAUGUUGGCAGUGGUGCAGCUGCCACCGAUACUACAUCAGUGGCAGACACAAGGAACAACCCCAGUAUAGGUGAGGGCAGUGUUGGUGGACUGACAGGCAGCUUGAGUGCCAGUGGCAGCCACAUGGACCGUCUAGGGGCCAUGAGGGACAACCUGAGUGAGACAGCGUCCACCAUGGCCCUGGCCGGAGCCAGCAUUACUGGCAGCCUCUCUGGCAGUGCCAUGGUCAAUUACAUAAACAGGCUGGAGGUGCAGGCUGAUGUACAGAAGGAGCGCUGCAGUCUGAGCGGUGAGUCUGGCACUGUCAGCCUGGGUACAAUCAGCGACAACGCUAGCACCAAAGCAAUGGCUGGAUCCAUUCUCAACGCAUACAUGCCCCUCGACAGAGAUGGGAACAGUGUGGAGGUCCAAGUUGACAUUGAAUCCAAACCUGGCAAACUACGGCACCACAGUGGCAGCAGCAGCGUAGAUGAUGGCAACCAUGUUGGUCGCUGUGGCUGGACCUGCCCUUCCAAUGGUUGCACCUCGUCAGAAGGUAAAGGAACCUCCACUAAGUGGGCCAAAGAGGCAUCCUGCUCCUCCUCGUCCAGCUCGGGGGGCAAAAAGAGCAAAGGCAAGCUGCGCAAGAAAGGCGGCGGAGGCACCAAGAUCAACGAGACGCGGGAGGACAUGGACGCUCAGCUGCUGGAGCAGCGCAGCACCAACUCCUCAGAAUUCGACUCUCCCUCACUGAGCGGCAGCCUGCCGUCUGUGGCCGACUCCCACUCCAGCCACUUCUCCGAGUUCAGCUGCUCCGAUCUAGAAAGCAUGAAGACGUCCUGUAGCCAUGGCUCAGGUGGAGGCGACUACCACACGCGCUUCGCCAACGUCAGCCCCCUACCCGAGGUGGAGAACGACCGCCUGGAGACCUGCCCCUCUUCUUCCUCCUCCUCCCAGGGACAAGGAGCUGUGAUCACUCCCCACUCCCCCACCUCCUCCCUAGGCCACGGCGCAGAGCACCCCCCCCUCUGCUUCAUCACAGAGGAGAAUGUCAACCUGGUGUCCCCCGCUGAGCUGGACUCUCACAGCAACACCAGAGAGCUGCUAAAAGAAACCAACAACAACAACCAACAACCACAGCACCCAACCCAAACCCAGCAGCAGCCUAAGAACUCCUGUAUACAGACUGACAUAUGAAAUCUUAAUACCUUAAGUGCUGCACAGACGCUAUUUUUAUUUAACGUCUUUUCCUCCACUAAACUAACAAUCAUAGCUUACAGUUUAACCUGCAUUUUCUGUUAUUCCCUUGUAAUAGGGGACGUGUUAUUUUGGGAUUUAUGUCCUUCGUAAAAAGGAACCCCUGAGCAAAACAGAGAUCUGUGUGUGACUGUCAGAGGGCUUGUUGGAAGUAUGAAGGGGUUUCCAAGUGCAGCCAUUUGAGAAAUGUUAAGGUUGUGAAUGCUGGUGUUUCUCCUUGUGUGACCUGCAGACUGCUGACUGACAGUUCACUCACUCACACUACUUGUAACACAGACAGCCCACAUAUUUGGUCACUUUCCUAUUGAUCUGUGUAGGUUAAAAAUGAAACCACAGUUUUGCUUGUAGAUUUUGGCUCGACAACGCAGAUGCAACACCAAUGUUACAGCUUUCCAGACGCGAACUCGAACAGGGACCAGGCAAUAUGAUUGACUAUUUCCUCUUUUUAUUUUCCCAUAAAUGUAUUAGUAACACAGGAGCCUUUGUGUUCUUGUCUGCAUUUACUAUUAGACUUUUCCCUUGAUGUUGGUUUGAGAUGAACCCUCUAAAUGUAUAAGUCUACGGCCCGGGCUUAACAUCCUAAAUCAUUUUAGCACUGAAACCGACUUGCAAUACAACUGAGAUUGUCUUUGGGAUGCACACACAGCUGUUUGUGGGAGAUGGCGCUUGACAGCUCUUUAGCAGCUUGGUAACCACUGAGUUUAUACUUGUAGCUGAUGUUGCCUAAAACUGUGUGUGUGUGUGUGUGUUUUUAAGUGCUGGGAUGACUUUGGGAGCCCAGGUCUUGUUGAGAGCUUGUGAUGGGGUGUGUGUGUGUGUGUGUGUGUGUGUGUGUGUGUGUGUGUGUGUUGGGGGGUGGGUGGGUGGGGGGGAUUGAUUGGAGAAAGGUCUCUGGAAGGCCAUGGUUAUCAAGAUAAUGCUGAAAGUCAUUAUAUUAACAUUAACCAAUGGGUUGGUCAAUUCUGUGAAAUUGUAUCAAGAAAAUGUUUUGUCCUGUUCAAAGGUGAUUUAUUCAGGCUGAUGGUCUCGCCUCACCGAGUAAGAGAGAGCUUUGAUAUCUUUCUUUGUAAACUCAUGGUGCCUUCAAGAAGCUGUUUGUGUUCUCCGUUUGUCUCUCUCUCUCUCUCUCUCUCUCUCUCCACUGUGUCUUCAAGACUCCAAAUGACGACGGCUCUUUAUAGGUUGCAGAAUGUCUGUCUGUGUAGGAGGGAUUCUCAUUCACAUACAGAACACACAGUCUGACGUGGUAAAUGAAGACUUCUCAAUUGCCUACCAAAGACAGCACUCAGGCUCUUGUUAAAUCUUAUACCUUUUGACUUGUCACACGUUGACACAGUAUGGUGCAUCCUUUUUACACCAUGGGGGAUGAAUGAAGACAAGACCCAGGAUUAUACAGACAUACAGACUGCUGUUUUGUACAUGCUUCACAAAUGCUACGCAAAUAACUGAGGCCCCAGAACGGCCCGAGGCACCUGCACUGUUAUCUGUAGUUCUUAUUACAUUGAUGUUCCGCAAUGCACAAAGAUGAAUAGGGAUGCAUAGGUUUGUUCUGGGUUACCUUCCCUAUUGAUUGAUUGAUUGAUUUGUCCUGUGAUUCCGGUUUGUGUUGCUAAUCGGUGCUGCUGAGCAGACCUGAAGUCAGAUUUACUUUAUUUCAGUGUUUGCUUAAGCCUGUCGUUACUGCUCAGUGGUCAGCUUUAUUGAGGCCACUGAGCCGGCUCAGGUGAAGCUCUACCAGAUAGGUAAAAGCAUCUUGAAUGGUAUUUUGACCCAGGUCUGUCACUGAAUGAACACACUCAGUUUGGUUCGGGGGAUUAAGGCUACAUGCUGCACCCCCCCCCUCCCCCCGCCGCAUUAAAGCAAAAGGUUGUUUGGUUCUUCCUCCCCGGUUCUCUUUAUCAUUCUUCACCAAACUCCAGUUUUUUUUCUUUAUCCUAAUUUGAACACUAGUGCCAGAUAUAAUUUGUAAUUUGUGCAGAAUAUGGCAUAAGGUAUUUGUAUAUGUGUUUGGUAAUUUGCUUUACUAUAUGCGUGUAAAUGCAUAUCAGAAAAAUAAAAAAUUAUAUAUGAAA